AUGGCAAGGCCUUGGUUUCGAGUACUGCCACCAGAACCUGAGAGAAACUUGAAUUUUCAAGAAAAUGUUGGAGUAAAGAAUAUGCCGCCUAGAGACUCGGAUCCAGUAGUCUAUUUUCUCCUUCUUUUUACCUCAAACUUAAUCAGAGAAAUAGUGAGACAAACUAACAGAAAUCUGAGUAUAGAUGAAACCUUGGUAGCAACGAGAGGGAAAACGUCAAUGUUGCAGUAUAUUCCAACAAAGCGAGCAAAGUUUGGUGUAAAGUUCUGGGUACUUGCAGAUAGCCUUAACGGAUAUGUCCAAAAGAUGACUUGUUACCUCGGAAAGCGGUUCGAACCAGCUAUUGUCGGUCUACAAGGUACCCGAGUCGUGUUGGAUCUACUGUCAAAUUGUAAUUUGCUAAAUAAGGGAUAUCAUGUUGUGGUUGAUGGUUUCUUUUGUAGCAUUGACCUUGCAAAGAGGUUGUUGCAGGUCGGUACUUAUGUCACGGGCACAUUACGUGCCAAUCGACCAAUGCCCAUAACUAUAAAAAAUGCCCGUCUAGAUUCAGGUGAAACCAUUUAUAUGCGUCAGGGUGAGAUUCUCAUAACAGCAUACAGACCAGCAAACCGGGCACGAGCUAAACCUGUGAGGUUGUUAUCAACAGCUAUUGCUGCACGUGAUAUACACGACCGUUGCCCUGCCAUUGUUCAUACGUAUAACCAUUAUAUGGGCGGUGUGGACGGUGCAGAUAUGCUGCUUAGUUUUUAUAAUGGACAGAGAAAGACAAUAAAGGUAUGGAAAAAAAUGGCAUUUAACAUUAUACAGAGAAUGGCCCUUAAUUCUUAUGUGCUUUACUCACAAAACACACAAGAGAAUCCCAUGUCUCGUUUGAGAUACAUGCAAGCAGUAGUCAGUGGUCUUUCAGAAGAACAUCUUAGAGAGAGAAACCAACCUCCAGUGGUAGUGCGGCGGGAAAGACACCGUCACCAAGAACUGAGACUAGUUGCAGGUGGACGCGAAAAAGACUGCGCGGUCUGCUCAAACCGUAGGAUGGCAAGACGAAGAUCAAGGAAGGAAUGUUCAGUUUGUCUGCGCGGUUGCCACAGAGUCUGCUGGCAAAACCAUGUGUUGUCAUGUAAAAGACACGAGGAGUGAAAAAAAUCGUUUGAUAUAAGACUUACUUAUUCUAAUGAGUGAGUUUAUUUGUGCGUGCGUGUGUGUGAUGAAAACUUAUUUUUGUGAGAGACUUCUUCUGUGAAUUAUUUAAAUAUUGAAAGAUGAUAAGAUUUAUGACUACAAGAAUGUGUGUGCGUCAAGUUUGAGGCGUUUGAAUUUUUUGUUUGUCAACUUCAGGUAUGUAUUGUAUAAACUACCUUUUUCAUUUAUCAAACACUGGUCACGCUCAUGAAUAGUGCCAUAAAAGAUAUGAAACAUUUUAACAUGGAAACAGCUGUAAGCAUGUGUUCAUCAGCAAGGACACAUUUUAACAGGCAAUAGUAUUACAGGUUAUGCCGCAUAAAUGUUGAAUGCGUUCUCUAACUUUCUUUCUUGUAAAUUCACUGCUUAUGAUAUAUAUAUACAUACUCAACUGAACCUGAGAUAAACAAUUCUAGAACAACCAUUCACUUUAUACUUUUUUGACACUGUCCUAAUAGAUCUAGUACUAUGGUAAUUGAAUCAGCACGUCAAUUAUUACCGCCAAUUAAUCAGAUGACGUCAAAUUUCUUUAUCGGCUUUCGACGUCAGCGACGUCACU